AACCUGUGGCCAAUAGAGCGCAUAAUCGAGUGACGUAACAAACUAAUCCAUAACUACGCUAAUCGGUUCCCGUGAUCACUUUCAAAGCCGAUAGUGGCAGACGCAAAACAGGAUAUCGUGUUAGUGUAAAGCUUAGAGUAGUUUCUAGCUAGAUCGGACUAAAAGAAUAAUAAAUAUGCCACUGCCGGCAAGUGGAAAAAGCAUUUUAAUGACCCCGGACCCAUAUCAUACACCAGGAUAUGGCGGGUUCUGUCCACAAUUCAAAUACCAGAUCGGCGAGACGUUUGGAAAGACCACAUCCAAGCUUCUGCGUAGCGACGCCGUCGCCAGUUCCGGGAAGCUGGUGCUGGCGGACAUCCGGGCGAGCUCGGCGCCGGUGAUGGAGGAUGACCCGAAGGCGACGCUGCUCCGAUCUCGAACCCACAGCUGGGGCGACCAAAAACUCAUGGAGCAGAUGAUACCAGGAUAUACAGGCUUUAUACCUCGACAUGAGCACUUUUUCGGCAAGCGCUACGCCGUUAACUGCAAGGGCGCCAUCUCGGACUUCGAGUCGGACCACCGGAAGUACCUCCAGAACGCCGACGAACUCCGCAUCAUCGAAGCGGUACAGGCCGGCAAAGUGAACAAAGACGCCGUACCGAUGUUACCUCCAAUCAGAAGCCGACAAGUGACUCCCCUCAGGCCAAUAGCAGCCGACGCCAAACCGUACAUUUCCGCCAGUAUGACGAAAAGUGCAGAGUCUCCAUUUUAUAUGGCUAACGAUAACGACAUGAAGAGAUUUAUGUCCGGUUACACGGGUUUCGUUCCGCGCGCGAGGCCACGCCUUGGGAUGGGUUAUCCAAUAAUCACCCACGAGGCGCUGAACGAAUUCACGUCAGAUACCGCGAGACUUCAGGGCCUCAAGUCGCAGCCAAUCACAAUCCACCGUGACCAGCCUAGGGUCAAGGACGCUAAACUGAUCUACCCGCUGGAGAGCGGACUUGUUCCUCACUACACUGGACACAUUCCAGGUCAAAAGUUUCGUUACGGUGAAACGUUUGGUCACAGCACAGAGAAUGCCAAACACUCAGAAGUUCGCGUUUCUGUGUAGUUACCUUGGAAACCAUAGACACAUUUUAUGAGAAUGCUUCAUAUGUCUGGAUAAAAACAACAUAUUGGAUUUAUUAACGAGUGCAUUUUAGUUUUGUGAUAAAUAUUCAUUUAUGCAGAGAUGAUGCUUUUAUUCAUGCUUGGUAUAACACAUGUGUCUGGAACGUAUCGCUGUGAUAGUUAAUAUUAAUUGGAUACAUGUUCUUGUGUCUGGAGUCAGUUUAUGAAUUUGUGAUAUUUUGUACAGUAUUAUAGUUGUUUUACUAACAAUUUCCAUAAUAAAGUUAUAGUAUGUU